UCAUGUUCAUCACAAAUAUAUAUAUAUAGGGGCAAAAGCCUAGAACAUGUUGGUAGCUGAUCUUCAUUCCGGGUGAAGGUAGAGAGAGAAGCAUUGUUCAUCAUACUCUCUCUUUCUCUCUCUCUGGAUUGUUGGAGUUGUGUGUGUGUGUAAUAUGGGAAUCUUCUCAGAGAGCCCUAAAUCAUUCAAGAUGGAUAGGAAGUCUCCUCUCGCUGCUGCCCUCAAAUCUUCAAUCUCCGACAAACUCCUCCAAUUCCUCGGCAAUUACACCGACGACGUUCUCGCUGAGUAUAUUAUUGUGCUUGUAUGUAACGGGAAGCAUCAGGUUCAGGCAAGAGAUGAUCUAGAGGCAUUUCUUGGGGAAAGAAGUGGUGAAUUUGUUUCUUGGCUGUGGGAUCACCUGUUAAAAUUUGCCCAUCAAUCAAGUUCAGCAAUUGGUUCAUUAGAUCCAAAAGAUGUCACUUCUACCAGUCCCAGUAACGAUGGUGCAGACAAGGAUUUGAGAAGCAAUAGGUUGAGGGAUGAUCAAAAUCAUGGCAAUGGCAAUGCUGAUAGUUCACUGAAUACUUGCACUUGGCAGACCAAAAAUGGGAAGUACUGCCAUACAUCUUUGCAUCCUUCUAGUCCUGAUCCCUCCAAUAAUGUUGAGCAUUCUGAAGGUAUUCAAGAUUGUAAUGGUCUUGUUGCCCCCUUGAAUUUGGUAAAUACCAAGAAGGUACAGUCACAGAAACAGAGAAACGCAGUUCCAAGGGAAGUUGGCCCAAUGGAAAAUAUUCAUGAUGAUUCCUUGACACACAUGCCUUCUAGAAUAGGAGGCUCUUCUCUGAUUUCAACUAGAAGAGAGCAAAGCUCUGAAUGUGUGGAUAAAUCAAAGAAGACUUUCAACCAUAAAGGAAAUGGGCUGCCUAGUCAACCUUUGGAUGUUUCUAGAAGAGGAAUGGUUUUCAGAAAUUUGCAGCCUUCUAUUAUUGAGGAUACUGAUACGAAGCAAAUUUAUGAUGCUAAUGUUUCUGCAAGAAGUCCUCCAAAGGCAGAUGGAGAAAUAUCCUGCCGAAUGAAAAAGUCACGGGGUAGUGUGUGGGACAGAUUGGGCAAGCCUUGUAAAGAAAACUGCUUUGUUAAUGAUAAAGCUGUUGAUGCUCAUGCUGUUGAUAUUGUAGAGAAAGAUCAAGAAAUGUAUGACCAGCAUACAUUAUUGGUCCCUGUUCGCAAUGAAGAACUUUGUGAAAGUAUAAAAAAUGAAGUUAAUGAGCUUGAUAAUAGUGGUAGUGGAAACAAUCCCGGUGAAUGUAGGAAAAUGGAGCAGGGUGAGAGCAUGAUAUGCAAGCUUCAUGCUGCAAAUGAUAUUAGGCGAAAGAGACAUUUUGGCGAGAUUAGUUCUGGCCCUAAUUCCUGUUUAGUUUCUUUGGUGGGUGGAAGUAACAUGGAUCACCACCAGUACAAAGAAAGUUCACAGGAUUUUAAAAGAUCGAACUCAACCUCGGAGGCUGCUGCUCCAGCUCUGGUUUCACAAGUACAAGACGUGAAACAAAGAUUGCACCAAAUUGAAAUGGAAAUGUCUAAGCUUCGAACCAAGCAACAAGUGAUGAAACAACCCCAUGAAUUGACAAACUCUGGUGUACUCAAGCAUUCAGAGGAAGAUGUGGAGUCAAGAACUGUAUUUGUCACUAAUGUACAUUUUGCUGCAACUAAGGAAGCUUUAUCAUUGCAUUUUGCCAAGUGUGGAGUGGUUCUCAGUGUUGCGAUUUUGACUGAUACAUUGAAUGGCCAACCAAAAGGGUCUGCUUACAUUACUUUUGCCAACAAGGAGUCUGUUGAUAAAGCAGUGGCAUUGAGUGGGACCUCAUUGUUUUCAAGGACUCUGAAGGUUUUAAGGAAGGCAGAAGAGGCUACCAUGACCACAACACCUCAGCGUGCUGGGAAGCCUGCACAAGCACAAUUUUCUAGGAUCAACAGAAAAACACCCUUCGACAGACCCUUUCAUCCCAACUCUCGUCUUCAGUGGCGGCGUGAGCCCACUUCUGCUCCAUCUGAACCAUCAGCUUCAAUCACUCAAAAGAAAGGAGUUAGCUCUGCUGCUUCACGUGCAUCGGUGAGUACCACUAAAACCGCUACUUCGUCUACAGGGACACCGGCAGCUGCCUAAUUUCUCAGGCAAUUAUGAAGGAAAUCUGGUGACUACUGAAAUCUCUUUUGCCGAUACCACUAUGUAAAUGAGAGUUUAUUAGGGAAUCAGUUUGAUCUUGAAGAUUGAAAUUCAAAAUUUAGACAAAUUACUCUGUUCAAGUCUUUUGUUACAUUACACGCUUAUGUUUCCUUGUAAAGACUGAGACCUUUCGGACUUUACAUUUGGACUUUGAAUAUUUGUAAAGACGAAUCUUGAAUAUUUGUGAAGGUGAAUCUUUGAGUGAUCGUACUGAGUUCAGCAGUAGGUAGUAAAUAGUAACAUAUUUACUGAUUGAAUU